GGCCCGCGGGCCGCUGGGUCCCAGUCCCACGUUACCACGCUAGGCAGCGGGGCUGACAACGCCGCGGCCGGCCGCAGCGCCGGCGUCCCCUGAGAACGGGUGCCAGACACCUGCACGCACAGCCUCAGGGGACCCCCCUUUUUCCUAAUAUUGGAGCUAUGACCCUUGGGAGGUGACCCAGGAGAGAAAGGAUGCAGGCCCCUAGUCCUCCAGAUGAGGGCCCCCUACAAGGUCUUGUGGCCUCCAGAAUUGAGACCUAUGGGGGCCGGCAUCGGGCCUCCACCCAGAGCACUGCUGCUAACCCCUGUCCCCGAGGAAGCCCUGUACCGGACCCCAGUCGCCGCCGCUUCCAGCACUAUGUCCCCUUCGCCAAGAGCCCUGGCCAGGCCCGAGGCCUGUAUCCCUUGAUACUGCGAGAACCAGAGCCUGAGAAAAGGCAUGGAGUCUAUUUUGCAGUCGGCCCACCCUACUCCCCCAGGCUUAAGGAAGUCACCAAAGCCCAUCAGCUGGAGACGAGGCUGCGCACCUUCAGCAUGUUUGGGAUGCCCCGCCUGCCCCCUGAGGACCGGCGGCACUGGGAGAUGGGCGAGGGCCACGACAGAGGGCUGACCAUUGAGAAGUCCUGGAGGGAGCUGGUGCCUGGGCACAAGGAGAUGAGCCGGGAGCUCUGCCACCAGCAGGAGGCCCUGUGGGAGCUGCUGACCACGGAGCUGAUCUACAUCCGAAAGCUUAAGAUCAUGACAGAUCUCCUGACUGCUGGCUUGCUGAACUUGCAGCGAGUGGGGCUGCUGACAGAAGUGUCAGCUGAGACCCUAUUUGGAAAUGUUCCCAGCCUCAUCCGAGCCCACCAGAGCUUUUGGGAGGAGGUGCUACAGCCAUUCCUGGAGCAGACCCGCAUGUCAGGCCAGUGUCUGGACCCCGUCAUCCUGAAGAAUGGCUUUCUGACAUUUGGCCAGAGGUUUCAGCCCUAUGUUCAGUACUGCCUGCAAGUGAAGCAGACCAUGGCCUAUGCCCGGGAGCAGCAAGACACUAACCCUCUCUUCCGUACCUUCGUGCAGUGGUGUGAGCAGCACAAGCGCUCGGGGAGGCAAACCCUGGGGGACCUGCUCAUCAAGCCCCACCAGCGCAUCACCAAGUACCCACUGCUGCUCCAGGCUGUGCUGAAAAGGAGCCCUGACGCUCAAGCCCAGGAGGCCCUGAAUGCCAUGAUCUCAGCGGUGGAGUCCUUCCUGCAGCACAUCAAUGCACAGGUGCGCCAAGGCGAAGAGCAUGAGAGCUUGGUGGCUGCAGCCCGGCGCAUCGGUCCCUACGAGGUGCUAGAGCCACCCAGCGAGGAGGUGGAGAAGAACCUGCGUCCGUUCUCUACCCUGGACUUGAUGUCACCUGUGCUGGGGGUCUCCAUGGAGCAUACCAGGCAGCUGCUAUUGGAGGGACCUGUGCGAAUGAAGGAGGGGCGAGAUGGGAAGCUGGAUGUGUACCUGUUCCUCUUCUCUGAUGUGCUCCUGGUGACCAAGCCACAGCGCAGGGCAGACAAGGCCAAGGUCAUCCGCCCCCCUCUCAUGCUGGAGAAGCUUCUGUGCCAACCACUGCGAGACCCCAGCAGCUUCCUGGUCAUCAGCCUCACCGAAUUCCAGUGCGUCGCCAAUGCAUUCAUUGCACACUGUCCCACUCCCACAGACCGAGCACAGUGGCUGAAGAAGACACAGGAAGCCCAGGCCACCCUGCAGAAGCUGAAGGCAGAGGAGUACGUGCGACAGAAGAGGGAGCUCCUGGCCCUCUACCAGGACCAGGACCGGGAGUGCCCCAGCACCAGGCCCUCCACACCCUCCCUGGAAGGCUCUCAGAGCAGUGCAGAGGGGAGGACUCCGGAAUUCACUGUCAUCAUCCCCCACUUGGUGGUGACAGAGGACACAGAUGAAGACACUCCCUCUGUACCAGAUGAUACCUCAGACUCUGGCUACGGCACUUUGAUAGCAAGCUCGCCCAAGGGGUCCCCCUCCCCACUGAGCCGUCUGCGCCCCAAGGCUCUUCGAAGGGACCCGCGCCUCACCUUCUCCACCCUGGACCUCCUCCGAGAUGUUCCUUUGCGCCCCCAGCCUCCAGACCCCCAAGCUCCCCAACGCCGAAGUGCCCCGGAACUUCCGGAAGAGAUCCGAAGAGGGGGCAGUUUUCCCAGGGGAGACCCACCUGCCUGGUCAGAGGAAGAGGAGGAGGAGGAAGAGGAGGAGGCAAGAACCUUGGCUGGGCAGAAUGUGGUGGUGGAAACCCUGCACAGAGCCAAGCUUCGGGGGCAGCUCCAGCCCUCCCCGACCCACGCUGACUCAGCCGGGGAGAGCCCCUGGGAGUCCUCGGAGGACGAAGGGCCUCCCUUCCUGAGCCUGGGGUCCAGCCCCCAUGCCCACCCACUCCGCACUGAGGACAUGCUACGGGAGAUCCGAGAGGAGCUAGCCUGCCAAAGAAUCGAAGGCGCCCCGGAGCCUCAGGACAGCAGGCCUCGGAAGCUGACGCGUGCCCAGCUGCAGAGGAUGCGGGGACCCCACAUCAUACAGCUGGACACCCCGUUGUCUGUGUCAGAAGUGUAAGCAGUGCUGAGGACCUCUGGCGUUUCUCCCGGAGGAAGUGUUUUUCCAAGAGUGCUGGCCACUACCCCACCCCUGAACUCUACCUCAAGGACUUCACCGUGAGAAGCCUGGCCCAGACAUCUGCCUCUGCUCGCAGGACUGUAGAUUUUUGUAUCAUAGACACCUCGGAGCCCCACAUAAAGUUGUGUAUAAAAAUGACGGCUUGGUCAGCAGUAGAUGUGGCUAAGAGAUAUGCUGGGUGCGGGGUUCCACAAGCACAGGCUACU